UUAAAACCCACUGGAGCAAGAGAACCUGCGUGCAUCGUGCUUUCAGUAGUCUGGUUGAAACCACUGUUAAAUUGGGUUGUUGGGGCUAGGGUUUCUGAGAUUUAGAAGAGGGAGUUAAGCCGCGGCACCAACAUCAGCAACCAUGGUUCUCAAGACUGAGCUUUGCCGAUUCAGUGGUGCCAAGAUAUACCCUGGUAAGGGUAUCAGAUUUGUUCGCUCUGAUUCUCAGGUUUUCCUCUUUGCUAAUUCAAAAUGCAAGAGGUAUUUCCACAACCGCCUGAAGCCUUCAAAGCUUACUUGGACAGCCAUGUACAGGAAACAACAUAAGAAGGACAUUGCUGCUGAGGCUGUGAAAAAGAAGCGCAGAACCACCAAGAAGCCAUAUUCAAGGUCUAUUGUUGGUGCCACCUUGGAAGUCAUUCAGAAGAGGAGGACUGAGAAGCCAGAAGUCCGAGAUGCUGCAAGGGAGGCUGCACUUCGUGAAAUCAAGGAGAGGAUCAAGAAGACUAAGGAUGAAAAGAAGGCUAAGAAAGCAGAGGUGAUGGCCAAGACACAGAAGACCAAGGGUAGCAGUGGCAUGCCUAAAGGUCCUGCACAAAAGGGCCCCAAGCUUGGUGGCGGUGGUGGAAAGCGAUGAUUUACUUCAUCUAUUGCCUUCUUCAAUGAGUAGUAUAAACAGCUAAGAUUUUGUUUAUGUUUUUCAUGAAUGGAUCCAUUAAUCAUUAUGGCCAGAUCUUUUCAUUGCUUUUAGGAUUUUUGUUGGGAGUUAUAUUUGCCUACGAUUUAUUUAAAUCAAAAGUUUUCUAAUGCAUCA